AUGGUGACCUCGCGGGCCUUAGACCGGGUCUACCUGCCGCGCGUGAGGCAGUGGUGGGAGAGCUGUGCCGAGCUUGGCAAGGCUCUUCGCCGCGCAGUCUCCGUCUGCGAGACGGUUCAGCCUUACCUCACCUUGACCAUCCGCUGCCAGGAGCCCGAAGGGCGCAGCACGCGCAGCCCAUCUCAAAGCCCAGCUCAAAGGAAUCUGGGGAAUCAAGUGAAGAGCCCGAUCUUCCUGCACUUCUUUCUCGAUGACGACGUCGGCGACGGCGACUCCGAGCCCUCUGAGCCUGAGGACGAGGAGCAACCUUGGGAAGAAGGAGAAGAAGCUCGGAGGACUCUGAUGGUUGACGAGAAGAAGCUGCGCCGUGGCCGGCAGCCCAAUGUUGGGGUGCUGGUCUACGGGAGGUGCGGUGACUACAUCCACCUUCCCCAGGGUGAGGGCGGUGAGGCAAAUACCGUGACGGUGAGCAGCGAGCAGUACAAGACUUUUCGGGACCACUCCGAUCCUUUCUUGUUGUUCUUGUUCCACAAGAAGGUUCUGCUCUCGGCAGACGCAACGACCCGCAGGAGGCUGUGCAAGGUCCUUCCUUGCGUCAUGGUGCCACUGAGCGCCCUUCUGGGGGCCUUCCUCUGGUUUAGCGACUCCUCAUUGCGGUCAGCUCCCAUAACACGCGGGAGCCUGGUGUUCCUGAUGCUGCCAGACUUGGUGCAGGUCUUCUUGCAUAGCAACACUACGCUCCAGCAUCCUGGCUCCACCCGCAACCCUUGGGCAGAGGCCGGAGCUCUGCUACAAAAAGGGUCAGAGUGCCUGAGAACCAAGACCACGCUGGGGAGCAUCAUUGCGCUUUGGGACUCGACGUUCUUCUACUGCGGCUCCUUCAUCUUUAUCUUCAUUGGGUGCUACCAACUUCAUGCUGCAGCGAACUCCUUGCGUGAGCUGAGAAACCUCCUGCAUCUUCAUGACCACGACAGCCCGAAGUUUCAGGCCAUCAUCUUGCACAGGCUACAUCGAAUCCGUGCCAGGAUCGUCCACAAGCAACGCUUGAAGUACAUUGGAGCACACGCCUUUCCGGACGAGCUGAAGCCAGAUUUGACUCUCGGCUGGUGGUUUGAGACUCGGGCGCUAAUCUUCUCAGACAUCAAGCGCUCCGUUUCCAAACGGGUCUUGAUUCUCGGCCUCUGUGGGGUCGCAGAAGCUGUGAUGGUGGUGCUGACCUGCCUGGCAGUCUUGUUAGAUACGGGGAACGACUUUGAGAUAAUGUGCUAUGCAGCAGCCUUUGGUAUAUUCCUCGGCACGAUGAUCGUGCUCUUCGUAUACCUGGGCAAUACUGUCAACGUGGAGUUGUUGUCCGGCCUCGAGGAGAUAGAAUCGCCUGACCCAAGCGGCGCCGAUUCGCCAGUGUCGCCUUUCAGAUCACCUAUCGGUCGCAGGGUGUUCUUGACACACGGGAGGACGCGUGAUGAGAACGCGAGGCACUUGGUCAAUGAGUUCUUGGACUACGAGCGGUUGCAUCCACGGCAGCUUACAUUUCUCGGAGUGCCUUUUACUUGGCAGUUUGCCACAUACUAUGCGGCUCCCUUAGGGACCUACGCGAUCGGUAUGAUCUACUGGAUUCUCCAACAAGCCUUCACAAACACCAAGCACGCGUCUUAA